CUGCAGACUCGGCCGCCAUCACUCCCGGCCAUCUGAUAGGCUGGAACUGCCAUCCAGAAAUCCCCUGCCAAGGCCAGCCAGAGCAGGGCCAAGGUCAGGCCUCCUUUCCCUUCCCAGAACCACAGCUGCUGCUGGGCUUCUGGCCUCCUGGGAACUCCAGCAAGAGGGAAAGACUGACGUCAUGUACUGGGAGUGAGGUCACCCUGCCUGCUCCAACCUGCAGCUGAAACCCCUUCUCGGCGCCCACCCAGCAGGUUUUGCCUUCCCCAUCCCCCUUCCCAAGUUCUUCGCUGGAACCAGAUGCCAGUGCAGCGCAGAGUAGCCACCAGAGGGUGCCCUGUGGCAAGAGAGUGGGGGCUGGAGAGGUGGAGGCUGGGCUGCUCUCUGUUCCUGGAAUGGGCCAGGAGGGAGGAGGAGCAAGCGGAAGGGGAUGGUGUAUUGCUGGCCUGCUGGCCCAGGGGACGAGAAAAGACGGCCAGUUUGGGCACCCUCAGACGGUGGCUGCAGCCGGGCAUGGCAGACUCUGCACAGGCCCAGAAGCUGGUGUACCUGGUCACAGGUGGCUGUGGCUUCCUGGGGGAGCAUGUGGUCCGCAUGCUGCUGCAGCAGGAACCCCGGCUCUGUGAGCUGCGCAUCUUUGACCUCCACCUGGAUCCCUGGCUGGAGGAGCUGAAGACAGGGCCCGUGCAGGUGACUGCUAUCCAGGGGGACGUGACCCAGGCCCAUGAGGUGGCAGCAGCUGUGGCCGGAGCCCAUGUGGUCAUCCACACAGCUGGGCUGGUGGACGUGUUCGGGAGAGCCAGUCCUGAGACCAUCCAUGAGGUCAACGUGCAGGGCACACAGAAUGUGAUUGAGGCUUGUGUACAGAGUGGAACACGCUUCCUGGUCUACACAAGCAGCAUGGAAGUUGUGGGGCCCAACGUCAAAGGCCAGCCCUUCUACAGGGGAAAUGAGAAUACCCCAUAUGAAGCAGCACACAGACACCCCUAUCCUUGCAGCAAGGCCCUAGCUGAGCGGCUGGUCCUGGAAGCCAACGGAAGGAAGGUCCGAGGGGGGCUGCCCCUAGUGACAUGUGCCCUGCGUCCCACUGGCAUCUACGGCGAAGGCCACCAGAUCAUGAGGGACUUCUACCACCAGGGCCUGCGCCUGGGCGGUCGGCUCUUCCGGGCCAUCCCAGCCUCUGUGGAGCAUGGCCGGGUCUACGUGGGCAACGUGGCCUGGAUGCACGUGCUGGUGGCCCGGGAGCUAGAGCAUCGAGCUGCACUGAUGGGUGGCCAGGUCUACUUCUGCUAUGACAACUCCCCCUACAAGAGCUACGAGGACUUCAACAUGGAGUUCCUGGGCCCCUGUGGACUGCGGCUGGUGGGCGCCCGCCCUCUAUUGCCCUACUGGCUGCUGGUGCUUCUGGCUGCCCUCAAUGCCCUGCUGCAGUGGCUGCUGCGGCCGCUGCUGCUCUACGCGCCCCUGCUCAACCCCUACACGCUGGCUGUGGCCAACACCACCUUCACCGUCAGCACCGACAAGGCUCAGCGCCAUUUUGGCUACGAGCCCCUGUUCUCCUGGGAGGAGAGCCGGACCCGCACCAUCCGCUGGGUACAGGCCAUGGAGGGCUCAGCCCAGUGACGGUGGAGCUGGGGCCUGGAGCCCAGCAUAGCACAUUCAUCCAGAGCCCUCAGACCUUGGAUGGGGAGGGAAGGCUGCAUGCUAGAGCUGGAGGAGGGGUCUGGUGCCAGACUAGCUGUUCUAGGGCUCUCCACAUUUUAACCCGUGAGCCUUGAGUCUCUGACCUGACCCCCCUAAGAUCUAGGGCAGGGCUUGGCGGCAGGCAUACCUUCACUCUCAACCCAGGCCUGGCGGCAGGUUGGCGAGGGUCUGAUUCCCUUGAUGCUCAACAGCCCCACCCCAUUUCUGGCUUUUCAAGCAGAACAUGAGUGGGUAGAAGUUCCACAGGCCUCAUGCUGGCCUUCUGAUUUCCCCAUGUGAUUCUCAGUCCUGGAUUCAGAGUGAAGAUGCUUCCUGGUUCCUCCUACCACCUUUGUCCGUCCUUGGGGGUCAUAUUCCCCCUAUUUAAAAACAUGUAUUACCUUUAGACACUAAUCUUUUGAUUCUCUUCAAUGAAGCCCUAGGAAACCUGUUUACUUUCACUUCUUCCCACUCCUCUACCUGAAUCAGCUCCUGCAAUAUCGUUAGAUCUCUGCCUAAAGAUGCCCCAGUAAUGCUGUAUCUGCCAAGCCCUGGAUUAAAACUCUUCUCCAA